AUGACUCAGAAAGAUCUGAAUCUACGACAGCGAAAAUGGUUAGAGUUGUUAAAAGAUUACGAGUUAGUAAUUGACUACCAUCCUGGGAAAGCCAAUGUUGUUGCUAAUGCUUUGAGUCAAAAAUCUCUGUUUUCCCUAUGUGCAAUGAAUACUCAAUUGGCCCUAUCCAAUGAUGGUUCAAUUGUAGCUGAGAUGAAAGCAAAACCGUUAUUUAUACAGCAGAUUUGUGAAGCUCAUAAUGUGGAUAAUGAAUUGUUAGCAAAAAGGAGUCAAUGUGAUGUGAAUACUGAUUUAGAGUUUCAAAUUGAUGCUGAGGGUUGUUUGAGGUUCAGAGACCGAAUUUGUGUUUCGAGAAAUGCAAAUUUAAUUCAGAUGAUUGUAAAUGAAGGUUAUAGUAGUCGGUUAUCUAUUCACCUAGGAAGUACAAAAAUGUACAACGAUUUGAAACAACUUUAUUAG